AUGAAGGUUUCUCUUUUACAUUUAAUAGGUUUUCUUCUUUUAGGUGGGGUGCUGCCCAUUCAAGCUGCUCUCAUCCGUCGCCAUAGGUUUGUGUUGACAGAUACUCCAUACACAAGGCUUUGCACUAACAAGAGCAUUUUAGUAGUAAAUGGACAAUUUCCAGGGCCAACUAUAUAUGCCACUGAAGGAGAUACAAUAGUUGUUGAUGUGUAUAACCGAGCAAGGGAAAACGUAACCAUUCACUGGCAUGGAGUCAGGCAACCUAGAUAUCCAUGGUCAGAUGGUCCUGUGUAUAUUACUCAAUGUCCCUUACAACCUGGGUCAAAGUUUAGCCAAAAGAUUUUGCUUUCGGACGAGAUAGGAACCUUAUGGUGGCACGCCCACAGCGAUUGGUCACGCGCCACUGUGCACGGUGCAAUUGUUAUUUAUCCCAAGAAGAAAAAUAAUUAUCCUUUUCCUAAGCCUGAUGCAGAAGUGCCCAUCAUAUUAGGGGAAUGGUGGAAUAGUGAUAUACAGGCAGUUCUGACUGAGUUUCUUGAUAAUGGAGGGGAGCCAAAUGUUUCUGAUGCUUUCCUCAUAAAUGGUCAACCCGGUGAUCUCUAUCCGUGCUCAAGAUCAGAUACAUUUAAGCUGACAGUGGAAUGUGGGAAAACUUACUUGAUUCGAAUGGUUAAUGCCGUCAUGAACAACAUUAUGUUCUUUUCUAUCGCAAACCACAGUGUAACCAUUGUUGGAUCAGAUGCUAGCUACACGAAGCCAAUUAGAAGUGAUUACAUUGCCAUCUCUCCAGGACAAACCAUCGAUUUCUUGCUGAAAGCUAAUCAAAAACCUAGUCACUACUACAUGGCUGCUCACGUUUAUGCUAGUGCAGCAAGCUACGACAACACAACCACAACAGCUAUUAUCGAGUACAAAGGGAAUUAUACCCCUCCAUCGUCUCCAUUGCUGCCAAGUCUUCCCACAUUCAAUGAUACAAUUGCUUCAACUAAUUUCACAGGGAGACUCAGAAGUUUAGGAAGUAAAGAUUAUCCGGUCGAUGUUCCUGAAAAUCCUACAAUUGCAAUUCUUGAGGCUUACUACCGGCGCAUCAGAAAUGUCUAUGGUGAUGACUUUCCUAGUGAUCCACCGUUUGCUUUCAAUUAUACUGCAGCUAUGAUCCCUCGAGACCUAUGGAGACCUCAAAAUGGCACAGAAGUAAGAGUUCUUGAAUACAAUUCUACGGUGGAGAUUGUUUUCCAGGGAACAAAUAUAGUUGCAGGAAUAGAUCAUCCUAUGCACUUACAUGGGCAGAGCUUUUACGUAGUUGGAUGGGGAUUUGGAAACUUUGACAGAGACAAUGAUCCAUUGAAUUAUAAUCUUGUCGACCCUCCACUAAUGAACACUAUCGCGGUUCCUGUAAACGGUUGGACAGCUGUCAGAUUCAAAGCAAGUAAUCCUGGAGUUUGGUUGUUGCAUUGCCAUCUAGAUCGCCAUUUAAGUUGGGGAAUGGAUAUGACAUUCAUUACCAAAAAUGGCAAGGGAAAAGAUGCUAGAAUGUUGCCUCCACCUCCAGAUAUGCCCCCAUGUUGA